AUGGACGACGCUUCAUCACUACAAAAGUCCAAGGCGCAGUGGCUCGCUGCCCUCGACGACGCACUUGACAACUUUCGCAGCCUCGUCGCUGAGUCGUCGUCCAAAGCGUGGAAACCCGUCAGCCUGGUCGGAAGCAAUCCACCAACUCCUCAUCUCGCAUCGCCGUCCACCUUCACCAACGCCUCUUCGUCCUCAUCACCACAGACUGCUGCGAAUCCGUUGACACCAAAAAGCGGAUCAUUACGAGGCAGGCCGCGCGAGUCUUCGUCCUUGCGGCAUGUCGAAUCCAUCGAAGACGUGUCAGCCCGCUACGAAUCAAGCGCAUCGUCGCCGAAUGCCUCAGGCUCGGCACAAGCCCCUGCAUCGACUUCGCAGCCAUUUCGCAUCGGACGCUUUCGACCCGACCACGUAGCUGUGCACCGCAAAAGCACCAAGGGCCCUGACAUCUACCGAGCCGUUUCCGAGGUCGCGUAUGAAGGCACUGCAGAUCUCGCCACCUUCCGCUCCGUGCUUCAGACAUCUGAGACUCGUCCCUCGUGGGAUCGUCUCGUGCAGUCCGCAGAGCUCGUCGAGCAGCUCGACCCCAUCACACGCAUCAACAAGGUGCAAUACCGACUCGGAUGGCCUGCUAGCCCGCGAGAUGCCAUUGUCAUCAACCGGACUUUGGCGGACGACUCGACACUCAUAGACAUUGCAACCUCGCUACCUCGCUCUCCAGAUGCGCCGUCCUACCUCCGCCCAGCUCCUCCCUGCGUUCGAUCUCAUGUCCACCUCAUGGCAUGGUGCCUGCAAAUUGUUCCUCCAGAUGCUUCCAGCUCCUCCUCAAACAAGUCGGCCGCUGCCUCCUCUUCCUCGUCCCUGCGCUCGUCUCCUCGCAUCAAGGUCACCGUCUUCUGGUCGUGGGACCUGCGCGGAGCCUGGAUGGGCAUGCCUGCUGGCGGUCUCGGGAUGCACCUGCCUGAGCUCAUCAAAGGUCUGCUGAGUCACGCUCGUGACAGUAGCGACAAGAUCCCGUUCCUCCAAAACUAUGGCAACUGCGUCGAGUUGCUCUCCAACAGCUUCGAUACCACACGAGACACGCUCGCCUGCGAAUACGCCGUCAUUGUCGAGGAUACAGUCGCACGCGAAGCUGAAGAUCGAGCUCAUAAGAAUCUCGAUACGCUCAACUUGCUCCGUUCCAGGAGAAAGCUCGAGGCAGCGGUCGAAUUUUACCUCCCGGCCAUGGAGGGAUGGGAUGUCAGGGUCGAGAUCAGGGGACAGACAGCGUCCAAAGAGAAAGCCGAUCCUUCGGGACCUGCCGAUGCACCCUCGUCACCGUGGCGCGCCACAGCAGAGAGGUCGCCAGGAUCUCAGUACACCGUUCUAGCAAUACGUCACGAUCAGCUACAAGACUCGGAGGAGCUCGUUCGGAUCAAAGUCAGGAUCCAGAGGGUGGUGGCCAGCAACGAUCUACGAGUCAAUGAUGAUCUCGUCGAGGUGACUCAGGUUGAGCCGCGGACGCCCGCCUCGCUCGCGCAGCCUCUUCUCGAAGACACGGCCAGCAUCUCGGGGAUCAGCGUCGCUACAGCUUCGACAGGCAGCGCCGCCUCCGUCACCACUACCCAGGCAGGCAACGCAGCCAAUGCCUCGCGCUCGGGGACGCCCAACCCGGGAUUCGCCAAUCAGAUCAACUCGCAGAUCCGACGCAACUACAUCUACUUCACCAGUCUGCUCCAAGAACCCGAGGCCAAGUGGAAGCCCAUCAGCGACAUGAAGGGUGUCACGGUGACGCAACUCGACUCGAUCGAUCCAACGCUGGUCGUCUAUCGUGCUGAAGCCACCUUUGUCGGCGUCAGCGUCUGGGACCUCUUCUCCACCAUUGGCAACCCUGGCGCGAGAGCGUACUGGGACAAGACGCUCGAUGAUGCGACACUCCUCGCCGACAUCAAUGAGUUGAGCUCGCUGUGGCAGACCAAGACGAAGCCCAGCUGGCCUGUCAGCGCACGCGACACUAUCGUGAUCCAGACAGCCUACAAGGCGCCCACGUCGGUGCACGUCUUUUCCUUCUCCACCGACGAUCGGGCGCAGUUUCCUGCCAUCCCUCAAGUGGAGACUGGUACCAUUCGCACUCAGAUCGAUCUGCGCGGAUGGUCGAUCGAGGCUCUUUCGCCAACGACCGUGCAUGUCACCAUGCUCGAGCAAUCGGAUCCCAAGGGCUGGACCAGCAAGUCGGCGACGCCAGCAGCCAUGGUGGGUGCCGUCGCCGGUGUUGGCGAGUAUGCCAUCAAGUUCGGUGGGCCUCCGGUUCUGACGCGCAUGCUUGGAGCCAAGACCAAGGUGUCUCGGUACGAUCACGAGAAAGCCACCUUUCGUGUUGAAUACGCGUCUGAUGUAUCGCCGGAUGACGACCUGAACGACGCCCCUCAUGUCGAAUGCGAGAUCCGAUGUGACGUCGAGACGUGGGCGAACUCUCUCGAUUUGGUCGUCGACCCUCCGCCAAUCUCCAUCUCGUGCCUGCGGCGCCACAAGCUUUCUCAAGGUGGUGGCGGGCUCUGGCUCACGAUCGAACAUGCGGCCGCGUCUCUCGAAGACGACUCGGCUCGCAUCACUAUUCGUCGCGGCAACGCACGUGAAAAGGGAGCUGUACACGUCAACGGCGCCAGCAUCAAGGUGGAUGUCGACGAGCUCAAUGAUGAGCAGGUGCAGCAGCUCAGCCGCCAGAAGCGCACCAAGCCUCAGCGCGUUCCCUUGGAUCUCAUUCGCCCGGCUCGCAAAGCCACAGAGGAGCCUGCUACACCUGGAAAGGCGGAUGCUGCUGACAGCAGUGCAUCAGCAGCAGGAAACGAGACCACGAAGGACCAGCAAUCGAAGUCGUCGCGUGCCUCGUCGAUCAACGAGAUGGAAGGCAAAGAGAAAGUUGGCAGCGCGCUCGUCGUUCCAGCCUCCGCCGACGAGACCGCCAAAGUUCGAGAGAGCACCAAGUCCGAGUCGAGGGAUUCGUCGGUCAGUCCGAGUCCAUCGUUGCCUUUCUCCGAUGAGACUCCACGUCAGCCAAUGACAUGUGCCCUGGACGUCCUCUUCCUGCUUCGACGCAUUCACGCCGAGCGAUCUCCCGAUCCUGCCGGCACGCCUGCUGGAUGGGCUCUGGUGACUGAACGCAACGGCUUGUACGUACGACGCAAGUUGAUGGAGUCCAUCUCCAGCACGGUUAUGGUUCAGCGAGGCGACAAGGUCGUCCAGGGACUGUCUGCAGAGGAUCUGCUCGACCUCGUGUCGAAUCCACAAAGUCGGAAGCAAUGGGACGACAAGAUCGACUCGACGACGUUGCUGGAGAGCUACGGUGAUGGCUCGUUCACCUCGUUCAUCACGACCAAGGCGAGCUUUCCUUUCCGAGGACGAGCGUUCCACCUUGCCAGCUUGACGGCACGCGGGAUGCCGCCUUCCAGUCUCGGUGCAACCAGCCCAGGGGAGUCGACGCUGUCCAGCUCGGCCUCGUCUUGGUCUGGACCUGCGGUCUACUUUCACGCAUCGGCUUCCUUCGCGCAGCAGAAACCUCGCUUUGGAAUGGACCGCAUCAACCCGAACAACUUGCCGUUGGGCAAGAUCCUGAUCGACGGCUGGAUCCUGGAGACACUCGACCCCUACAGCUCGACCAGCUUUCAGAUUCCAUCGACAAGAUGCACACACGUCGUGGCGAUCGACUAUGCGGGAAGUCUGCCGAUUGCAGUCAACACUAUGUGGAACGCCAGUCUGCCGCGAUCGAUUCUCUUGAUUGAAGAGUACCUCAAAGCAAGAGGUUCUAUCCCGUCCGUCAAGACUCCACCGCCUUGCCUGCAGGUGCUCGGCGAUGGCCGAGAUGAAGAUCAAGGCCUGAUCUGGUCGAUCAAUGGCCCCGACCGCAAAAAUCUUCAUAUUUCGACUAGCUUUGACCCUUCGACACGAAGGUAUGUGGCGGUGAGCAUGCAUCGGGCUACCCCACGAGCUGAUGCGGGUCAGGUACCUGGACUUUUGCCGGCCGCCAACAUCGUGACCAACGGCAAAGGUCGGACUGCCCGAGUCUCGGACGCGUCCCUCACGAAAAGCGUUGCCGACAAGCUUGCCCAAGCUAUCAAUGCUGCGCCAGGUACGCCCAUGCUCGGAUCAGCCGCGCCUCCCGUGAAUUCGAGUGGCGAACAGAGCAGCGGGCUGUCACGGGCCACGAGCAUGCACUCGAUCGCCAGCACCACUGCUAAUAGCAGUGCCUCGACGAUUCGCCGUCGUCCCAGCUCGCUUCACGCAGACUCUCGCAACGCCACAGACUUGAUCCUGAUGGAGGUCGAGAUUGAGCUUCGGCACUACCAUCAGGGGUACGACGUCCAGGUAUACUCCGAGUUCGUCCCGGUAGACGCGGCAGGUGCCUUUUCGCAGGCGUCCACAAGUCAGGCUCUAGAACGACCCAAAACGCCUACCGGGAAUGGCGCAGAGCGCGCACCUUCCGAGCAGCUGAUCGGGAUCUCAGAGAGUGGCAAAGCGCUGGGCAGCACAGAGGCCAUUCUGUCACUCAAGAUGGCACCAGAAAAGAGCAAGGACUUGCCCGUACAGCUGCGUGUGUACGACUUGCCGCCCAGUGCAGUGCUCGCGGCUACACUGGAUCCAUCAGCCCGUCCGCGCAAGCAUCUCGUGCGUGUCAUUGUACCGACCACCGCUUUCCUCGAUCCAGUCGAUGACCCUCUCACCGGGUCGAAGGCACCCGAGAUUCCGGCGUGGUACACGUCGCUGCUGGAACGAGGUGCUGUGCUGCGUAUGGUCGUCAAGCCACUGAAGGGCGAAGGUGCCGAGACCGACGGAGGCGCAACAGCACCGAAGGACUCGGCUGGAGGCGUGACGGCAUUCACGCCACCAACAGGCAAGGUCAAUGUCCGCAGCGGAGAAGCCAAGCUCGACGUCGUUCAUGUCAACCAGACUUCUGCGAUGCUGCAGAAGGAGCAGAUCGGCAUUGAGCCCAUGACGCAGCUGAAGCGCGUGGCCCCUCCUCGUGCAAAGUCGGGACGCAAGUCGGGUGGAGAGACGAUGGCCAACCGAGAUGACUUGCGUUUGCCAGCUGCGUUGCGUCGGCCUGUCGCGACGCGAAAGGACCUGUUGGUGGCAAGCGAGACUUCCUCGACUGGCAAGGACAGCUCCAAGACAGGCCCCAGCGCCACGGGUGCCGGCAGCGCAGGAAAGACUGCAAACGGGUCUGGCAGCUCUGUGACCGGGGAUGCAUCUGCUACCGCCAAGCAGGCUGGCGACCCAGGACCGUCCUCCACGAGCGGCUCUGCCAAUGGCUCAGCAGCAGGCUCGGCGCCUCCUUCUCGUGCAGCCACGCCGUCAGCACCCGCUUCGACAGGUGCUGGUAUCAUGAGCAUGUUCGGCUCCUAUCCGCUGUCUCGUCUCGGCACUGGCUCUGCUCAAGCAUCCUCGCUCACCUCGGUCUCUUCUGUCACAGCACGCGGGAGCAGCGUCGCAUCCUCGUCGUCCGCCAAGACGAACGCUGAAGCGCUCGCUGCAAAAGAUGGAGGCAAGCACGGCGGUAAGGGCGCGGGGCAGAAGGGAGACAAAGCAGGCACUGUCGCUGACGGCGACGACACGGGAGCCGGUGGAGAUAGCAAAGGCGAUGCGGGCACUUCAACCGGCGAAGCCGUGGCCGAAGCCGCUGCCAACGCGGGUAACACGGUCGCGCAGCUCGCCAAGGAGAGCGCCUCGGCCAUCAGCAAGCUCUUUAGCUCCGAGACGCACUUCCGCUUCUCGACGCUGCUGCUGGUCGCCGUUGCCGCAUACCUGCUCGGCUCGCUGAUGCGAUCCACGAUCUCUCCGGUCGACUUUGUGCUCGUACCUACGCGGCAGAAGCCUUUCCAUGCUGCGAAGGACGUGGCUGCUGGGCUGACCGGUCAGAGUGCAAGGAAAGAUUUCUUGGAGUUGGUCAAAUCGACGUCUGGCAAAAGUAGCGGUCUCGAGGACGACGGGAUGGUGCGUCAGGUCCAAUGGACCCAACUGCGCCGGUUGGUGCAUGUGAGGCUUCCCGGUGUUGGAUGGGAUGUUGUGGUCGGUGGUGUGCGCAGACGAUGA